CUUCGGGAGUCUAACAAGCUCCACAGAAGACGGCGAGCCGGCAAAGCAGCAGCAGCAGGAGUAGAGUUAGCGGGCUCUCCAGUAGACGACCAACACCGGCGCGUGUCGUCUGCUCACGAACGUAUACGAUAUAUUGACAGAGAAGGAAGAAGAAGCAGACCACAGACAGACAACAGAGACAACAUGGGUAGCAACAACGCAUUGAAUGACCACCAGCUCGACUACGCCAAGCUGCAUUUCGACACCAACGCCAUCCAUGCCGGACAGGAACCAGAUCAAUGGACUUCGCGCGCCGUGGUGCCACCAAUCUCGCUGGCUACGACGUUCAAGCAGCGAUCGCCGGCAGAACCGUUCCAAUUCGAGUACUCGAGGUCCGGCAACCCGACCCGCCAUUGCCUGGAGGAGUGCAUCGCGGCCCUGGAGCACGCAAAGUACGCUCUCACAUACGCUUCAGGCCUGGCAGCCACGCACAACCUGACGCAUCUCUUGAAUCCCGGUGAUCACAUGGUCAGCUUUGACGACCUGUAUGGAGGUACAAACAGGUUGUUCAGGAACUUGCUGGUACCUCGAGGGUUUGAAGUGACGUUUGUCGAUGCCACAGACCUAAAGAAAUUCGAGGCUGCACUAAAGCCCAACACAAAGCUUGUAUGGCUGGAAACGCCAAGCAACCCGACCAUGAAAGUUGUCGACAUCAAGGGGGCCUGCGAGAUUGUCCGAAGAAAGUGCAAGGCCAUUGUCGCUGUUGACAACACCUUCAUGUCUUCCUAUUUCCAGAAGCCUCUUCUACUUGGAGCAGAUGUUUCCGUCCAUUCUCUCACAAAAUACAUGAAUGGACACUCGGAUGUGGUCAUGGGUGCCAUCUGUACAAAUGACAAGGAGAUUAAUGACCGACUACGAUACUUCCAAAAUGCUGCUGGUGCCGUGCCGUCGCCUUUCGAUUGCUUCCUCGUCAACCGUGGCCUGAAAACCCUACACGUUCGCAUGGAGAAGCACAUGGAGAAUGGCCUCAGGGUGGCAAAGUUUUUGGAAGCCCACCCUCUUGUAGAGAAGGUCAUCCACCCAGGCCUGCCCAGUCACCCGCAGCAUGAGGUAGCCAAACGCCAGUGCUCCGGGUUCAGCGGCAUGGUGACCUUUAUGCUCAAGGGUGGCCUCAAAGAAUCCACGCUCUUCCUCAAGAAUCUCAAGAUAAUCACCCUGGCUGAAAGUCUUGGCUCCAUUGAAAGUCUUGCCGAACUGCCAGUGAUCAUGACUCACGCAUCAGUACCUGAGGACCAAAGAAAGGCACUCGGCAUUACCGAUAACCUCAUCAGGCUCUCCGUAGGGAUUGAAAACUGUGAUGACCUCAUCAGUGACAUUGAUCAAGCCCUCAAGAAAGCUAUUCAUGCCUAAUAGGAGAUUGUGCCACGAAGACGCUUCUAGCAAUGUUUAUCUAUGCCUACUACUUGUUUGCAAAAAAAAAAAUAAAAAUAAAAGAGAGAGAG